UCUAUCAGCGUCUCGCAACUCCGAUACAUUUUCAGCUUUUCAGGCGAAUCCCGCCAUCACACACAUCGGUCUGCGUCGGCGAUGGCAACCGUAUCUCUGGACAAGGAGACAUUCUUCCGGCGUAUGAAACGCCUGUACAACGGCUGGAAGGAUGGUGAAGUCGGGACUGAUGACAGCUUCAGCAAAAUGGACUGCCUUAUUUCGGCAGUAGGGACUGACGAGGACAUAAUCUACAGCAAGUCUAUGGCUCUUCAGACUUGGUUGCUGAGCUACGAACUUACUGACACUAUUAUGAUCCUCGCUGAGGAUUGCAUCUGUUUUUUGUCCAGCAAAAAGAAAAUCGAAUUUCUUCGACAGGUCGAGAGCGGAAAGACUGAAGAAACUGGAGUUCCUCCUGUUAAAUUAUUUGUUCGAGACAAGAGCGACGAAGACAAAGCAAACUUCGGUAAACUGAUCGAUGUAAUAAAAGGAAGCAAAAAGGGUAAAACACUUGGUGUUUUCUCCAAAGAAAAUUAUCCUGGAGCUUUUAUGGACGCUUGGAGGGCUGCCAUGAAGUACCUCAAGGACCAGAUAAUGGAGAUAAUCGACUCAGACAAGAAAGUAAAGCACUCAAAGUUAGCCGAGGGCGUGGACGCAGCAGUGACUAACAAAAAGUACGUAACCGGCGUAGAUACUUCUCAAGUAGACAUGUGUUACCCUGCGAUAAUUCAAAGCGGGGGUAACUACACUCUAAAAUUCAGCGUGGUGAGCGACAAAAACACGCUUCACUUCGGGACGAUUAUUUGUUCUCUCGGAGCUAGGUACAAGUCUUACUGCUCGAAUAUCGUUCGUACGUUGCUGGUCAACCCAACGAGCGCGAUCGAGGAGAACUACAACUUCCUUCUGGCUCUUCAGGAGGAGAUAAUGAAGAAGAUGACACCCAGCACCAAGAUCAGCGCGGUCUACGAGACGGGACUUGCGUACGUUAAGCAGGAGAAGCCCAACAUGUUGGAUCAUUUGACGAAAAAUUUCGGCUUCGCGAUGGGGAUUGAGUUUCGUGAGAGCUCGCUGAUGAUCGGGCCCAAGACACAUGCUCUGUUGAAGAAAGGCAUGGUCUUCAAUCUCCACGUGGGUCUGUCGAAUUUAAAUAACCCUGCGGCGACUGACAAAGAGGGCAAAAAUUACGCGCUGUUUAUUGGAGACACUGUGCUCGUCGGCGAGCCCGGAGCUCCUGCGACAGUUCUGACUAACUCUAAGAAGAAGGUCAAGAACAUCGGGAUCUACCUUAAGGACGAGGAGGAAGAAGAGGAAGAGGGAAGUGGCAAGGAGAACGAACCCAAGCCGGAGAUUCUUGGCCGAGGUAAGCGGACUGCUGUUAUUGAAAGCAAGCUCAGGACUGAGCACAGCUCCGAGGAGAAGCGCAAGCAGCACCAGAAGGAACUUGCUCAGCAGUUGAAUGAAAUUGCCAAGGCUAGGCUCGCUCAGCAGUCUGGUGGCAAGGAGGAGGAGAAGAUCCGCAAGUCCACUGUCUCGUAUAAAAGUCUCAGUCAAAUGCCCAGAGAGCCCGAAGUCAAAGAGCUCAAAUUGUAUGUUGAUAAAAAGUACGAGACUGUUAUCCUACCGGUGUUCGGAAUUCCCGUUCCGUUUCACAUAUCGACUAUUAAAAACAUCUCCCAGAGUGUCGAAGGGGACUACACCUACCUCAGAAUAAACUUUUUUCAUCCUGGAGCUACUAUGGGUCGGAAUGAAGGGGGGAGUUAUCCCCAGCCUGAUGCCACUUUCGUCAAAGAAGUCACUUAUCGCAAGGAACGAGAAAAAGAAGACUUGGUAAAGCAAGACACGUUAGUUCUCACGCAAAACAAAGGAAACCCCAAGCUGAAAGAUCUGUACAUCCGUCCGAACAUCGUCACGAAAAGAAUGACGGGUACCUUGGAAGCCCACUCGAACGGGUUCCGCUACACGUCAGUCCGCGGAGACAAGGUCGACAUCCUCUACAACAACAUAAAGAACGCGUUCUUCCAGCCCGGCGACGGAGAGAUGAUCAUUCUGCUGCACUUCCACCUGAAGCACGCGAUAAUGUUCGGGAAAAAGAAGCACGUGGACGUGCAGUUCUACACAGAAGUCGGAGAGAUCACCACGGACCUGGGCAAGCACCAGCACAUGCACGAUCGGGACGACCUCGCGGCCGAGCAGUCGGAGCGAGAGCUCAGACACAAGCUAAAGACUGCCUUCAAGAGCUUCUGCGAGAAGGUCGAGACUCUCACUAAGCAAGAGAUUGAGUUUGAUACUCCUUUCAGAGAGCUGGGAUUCCCUGGCGCGCCUUUCAGGAGCACCGUGCUGCUCCAGCCGACCAGCGGUUGUCUAGUUCACCUGACCGAGUGGCCGCCAUUCGUCAUCACGCUGGAAGACGUCGAGCUGGUCCACUUCGAGCGUGUCCAGUUCCACUUAAAGAACUUCGACAUGAUCUUCGUUUUUAAAGACUACCACAAAAAAAUCGCGAUGGUCAACGCCAUCCCGAUGAACAUGCUGGACCAUGUCAAGGAGUGGCUCAACUCUUGCGACAUCCGGUACUCCGAGGGUGUCCAGUCGCUCAAUUGGGCCAAGAUCAUGAAGACCAUCACCGACGACCCCGAGGGAUUCUUCGAGAGCGGUGGCUGGACCUUCUUGGACCCGGAGAGCGACGCAGAAAAUGAAGAGGUUGAUGACGAAGAAGAGGAAGAUGAUGACGCCUACGAGCCCACGGAUAUUGAGAGCGAGGAGGAGUCUGAUGAGGACUCAGAGUACUCUGAAGCUUCUGAAGACUCCGAGACCGAGGAGGAGGAGCUUGGAAGCUCUGAAGAGUCCGGGAAAGACUGGUCUGAUCUUGAGCGAGAAGCUGCUGAGGAAGACAAUGAGAGGAGCAAUUAUCCUGCGGAUACUUACACCAAGAACAAGAAAAAGUCCAAGCAUGACACUCCUUCGCCUUCGAAAAAUCGGCACAAUCGGACCGAUCUCGAAGUGGGAGGUCACACAAGAAAGUGUCUCCUUCAAAAUCGUCCAAACAUAGCCCGAAGAAAAGCGACCGACAUGACAAGCACAAGUCCUCUCACUCAUCCUCAUCUUCCAGCAAAAAGCGACCACGCGAUGACAGUUCUGACAGAAGAAAAUCCAAAAAAUCAAGGAAAUAAAUCGGGUAAAAGUGUCUCUUCAGAGUUGGUAGGCUGUACACAUUCAUUGCAAGAUAACUAUUAA